UAUAUCUGUAUAUGUAUACAUAUUGCAUAGCUCUCUCUUUGUACUGUGAGAUACAGGAAAUUUACUAUACAACAGAGGUGAUAAUGGCGGCGGCGGAGCAGCAGUUUCCACCACAAAAGCAGGAGGAGCAGCCCGGAAAACAGCACCUUAUGGACCCUAUUCCACAAGCCCUCCACCCUGAUUACCGUCAAGCCAACAAACUCCGUGGGAAAGUGUGUCUGGUGAUAGGAGGAGAUACGGGUAUAGGAAGAGCGGUGUGUUACCAUUUUGCCCUUGAAGGCGCGACAGUAGCGUUCACAUAUGUACAGGGGCAAGAGGAGAAAGAUGCUGAGGACACUUUGAAGAAGAUUCAAGAACUGAAGACACCUGAUGCAAAAGACCCUAUUGCCCUGGCUGCGGACGUAGGUUUCGACGAGAACUGCAAAAUGGUGGUGGAUGGAGUGGUCAACAAAUUCGGCCGCAUCGACAUCUUGGUCAACAACGCUGCGGAGCAGCACAUGACCCACACAGUUGAAGAGAUCGACGAGAAUCGACUCGAGAGGACCUUUAGAACCAAUAUAUUCUCUCACUUUUUCAUGACCAGGCAUGCUCUUAAGCAUAUGAAAGAAGGCAGCACAAUCAUAAACUCCACAUCCGUAGCAGCUUACUGCGGCUCACCGAUGCUUCUCGAUUACUGCGCAACAAAGGGAGCCAUUGUAUCCUUCACUCGAGCCCUAGCCCUCCAGCUCGUCGAGAAAGGGAUUCGAGUCAAUGCGGUGGCACCGGGCCCCGUGUGGACCCCACUGCAGGUUGCCACCAUGCCGGAGGAGGCGGCAGCAAAAGUCGGGGCCGAGACACCCAUGGGCAGGGCGGCUCAGCCCCACGAAAUCGCUCCGUCUUAUGUUUUCUUGGCUUCCGAUGAGUCUUCGUCCUAUUUCACCGGCCAAGUUUUACACCCCAAUGGUGGGAUGAUUGUGAAUGCAUGACGUGGAAAUGGAGAGGAAAAGAAAAUAGAUGUGUUUAGAGACAAUGGGCUGCAUGUAAAAUUAGGUAUAUCAAGAAAUAAAAAUGUGAAGUGGUGUAAAAAAGUAUUUAGUGUGUAUAUAUACUAGUAUUUUGCCCCGUGCGUUGCACGGUUGAAUGU